AGUUUUGCAUCCUCGAGCAGUGCCAGAUCCGGUAAACGAGCGCUUAUCUGAUGCGCCACACUGCAGGCCGCAGGAGCUCGACUAGAAACAGUACUUUGGGACGUUCCAGACUUGGCUACCAACGAGGACCAUAGUCGACAACGCAGUCAUCAUCGACAUCCGACGGCCAGCUACCGUUUCCUCUCCCUCGAAACCGUAGUAAAACUGCCAGGUCAACUUGAACGCGCUCUCAUUCGCUGGGAGUCAAUCCCGUUUAAUAGGCCGGGGGUACUACAGAAUGCAAGUCGUGAGCGCCACAGUGUGCGAUUCUUCCUCCGCCAUCCAGAAUGGUCUCUGGCUGCUUCCUCAGGAACUAUGGGACCACAUCAUCAAUCAUCUUCACAUAGACCGUGACACACUGAAGGCCUGUGUCUUGACGUGUAGAGCAUGGUUGCAGACUGCUCGCUCGCACCUCUGGUGGUCCCUGGCCAUUCAUAGCGCAUCUAGAACGCGAUCCCUCCGUGACUUCCCGGGCAUUGCUGCAAACGUCCGCGUGCUUCGGAUGUUCUGCAAAAUAGCGGAGCUCCCUUGUCUAUCAGUCUUCACGAAUCUGCGGCAUUUGAACCUCUACUGCAUGGACGACAAACAACUUGAAGAUCCUAUGACGGCCGUAUCUCAAGAUUUCCAGCUGCCCAGUGUCGUCGCACUUUUCGUAAUGAAAUCGAUGCAACAUCAGGGCUUGUCAACCGCGUGUCUUGAACGGACUUUGCGUUGCUUCCCUAACCUCACGACCUUAUCGGUGGUCAUUGCGACUAAUCGUAACGCCGUGAAACGGCUCCGUGCAGCAUUACUACCACAGACGUCAAAUAUUUCGUUGCCACACGUACAGGACCUCGUCAUCACAGCUGGCCAGCUGCUACCAUCCCUCCCAGCAAUCUUGCGCUCGGCAGGCACCUCACUGAGCUCCAUCAUGCUCCAUAUUCCACGCGCUCUCUCGGGGAUCCAUAAUCUGUUCGACUUCUCGCAUAACCCGAAUUUGCAGCGGAUGGUAAUCUGCAUACCAAGCUUCGACGCCCCCGACAUCGGGUGGGGCAAUGCUCUAGCCUCCCCCCUCUCGUGCAUCAGCGCGCUACACACCUCUCUGACUUGCCUAACCAUCGACGUUGGCUGUGCUUCUCCCAAUACGUGGGAUCAUGCGUCAAUUAAUCCCUGGGCAGAUCCCGGGGGCCCUCUGGCCUACGAAGUCGCUCGUAUCCUGGACGAUCUGCCUCUCGUCGUCAUAGUCUUCUCCGAUGCGCAAAGCUUCGCUGUGCACGCAGCACGUCAAGUGCGGCGGAUGACUGCGGACUACCUCCUGCAACGAUGUCCUGGUCUCCACGCACAUUCGCAGCGCUUGCGCUUCUCAACCGAACUCGCGCUGUGCGACUGCCGGAGGCGCCUGCUUUGCGGAGGGACUUAUGAUGAAGAUAAAGGCACCGGAGGCCAGGGUUGGUACUACCCUUUGCUGGACCCCCACACAUAGGAUGAGCCACUAGAGUGGUGAAUUGAUAGGGAGAUAUUGACAUGCUGGCUCCUGGACCAACUCUGUAUCAUGGAGAGGCCUGGUAGAGCCCCGCAGUUUCAGUUGUUACCUUCGCUCAGAACACACCGCGGAUAUUCACCUAUAUAUGUAACCCAAGCACUGCGUAUAACCGGCGCGCCAGGUUCAUCACGUGUUGCGCCACUGUGUCGUAGUGACCUGUGUACUGAAUCUCAUUAUGUUGGGCUGCCCAUCAUGUUACAUGAUGGUAUGGACGACCUAU